UACUGUCAAAAAAAAUAUAAAAUACUAUCCCGUGCAAACCGUGCUUACUUACUGCAUAAAAUCCACUAUCCGGCCCGAGUCUCGACAGUCGUAUACUAUUUUCAGCAUUAGCUUAUGCAUUUUUAAUAUUUGCUUGAAGUUUAAUUACUUAAAAAACUAAAAAAAUGGUUUCAUUAAACCCUAUCAGAAUAUUAAAAAAUGAUGCUGAAGAAGAAAAAGCUGAAGUUGCCCGAAUGUCUAGUUUCAUCGGUGCUAUUGCAAUUGGAGACUUAGUUAAGAGCACACUUGGUCCUAAAGGAAUGGAUAAAAUAUUAGUCUCAUGUGGCCGAAAUUCUGGACAGGUUGAGGUUACAAAUGAUGGUGCUACUAUUUUAAAAUCCAUAGGUGUUGAUAACCCAGCUGCCAAAAUAUUGGUGGAUAUGUCUAAAGUACAGGAUGAGGAAGUGGGUGAUGGAACUACAUCAGUUACAGUGUUGGCUGCUGAACUGCUGCGAGAGGCUGAGAAACUCAUUGAGCAGAAGCUUCACCCUCAGACAAUUAUAGCUGGAUGGCGUAUUGCUGCAGAAGCAGCCAAGCAAGCUCUUGCUGAUGCAAGUUUUGACCACGAUAUUAAGAUGAACGAAGCCGCGCUCCGGGCGGACUUGGAGAAUAUUGCCAGAACUACACUCAGCUCUAAGAUACUUUCUAAUCACAAGGAACACUUUACAAAAUUGGCCGUUGAUGCGGUGCUUAGGCUGAAAGGUUCAGGAAAUUUGAAGGCUAUACAAAUUAUCAAAAUAUCAGGUGGAAUACUUGAAGAGUCAUUCCUUGAUGAAGGUUUCUUACUGAACAAAAAAGUAGGUGUACACCAACCAAAACGUAUUGAAAAUGCUAACAUCCUUAUUGCGAACACACCUAUGGAUACAGAUAAAAUUAAAGUGUUUGGAUCGACGAUCAAAGUUGAUUCAAUGGCCAAGAUUGCUGAACUAGAGGUCGCGGAAAAAGAAAAGAUGAAAGAGAAAGUGAACAAGAUUCUAGCUCACAAGUGCAAUGUAUUUAUUAACAGACAGUUGAUUUACAACUACCCGGAGCAAUUGUUUGCCGAUGCCGGUGUAAUGGCCAUAGAGCAUGCUGACUUUGAUGGUAUUGAGCGACUGGCCCUGGUGACCGGUGGGGAAAUUGUGUCCACAUUUGACUCACCCGACAAAGUUAAGCUGGGACAUUGCAAAGUUAUUGAGCAAGUUCUCAUCGGUGACGAAUGCCUCAUCCGCUUCUCCGGAGUGCAGCUGGGCUCGGCCUGCACCAUCGUGAUCCGCGGCGCCACGCAGCAGGUCAUCGACGAGGCCGAGCGCUCGCUGCACGACGCGCUGUGUGUGUUGGCCGCCACCGUCAAGGAACCCAAAGUGAUCUAUGGUGGAGGCGCCAGCGAGAUGCUGAUGGCGCAGGCGGCGUCGCUGGCGGCCGGCCGCACGCCGGGCAAGGAGGCGGCCGCGGCCGAGGCCUUCGCCGUGGCGCUGCGGCGCCUGCCGGCCGCCGUGGCCGACAACGCGGGCCUGGACAGUGCCGACCUCGUGGCCCAGCUGCGGGCCGAGCACGCGCAGGGCCGCGCCACCGCCGGGCUCGACAUGGAGAGCGGACGCGUGGGCGACAUGAAGGCCCUGGGCAUCACCGAGUCGUACGUGGUGAAGCGGCAGGUGCUGCUGUCGGCGGCCGAGGCUGCGGAGAUGAUCCUCCGCGUGGACAACAUCCUGAAGGCGGCGCCGCGCAGGCGUGGGCCCGACCGGCGCCCGUGCUAGACACGACACACGUACAUAAUGUAAUGAACAGUUCAUGAAUUGUGUUUGUAUUAGGAUCAACAAAUACUUAACUAAUUAUUCAACUAAAUAUUCACAUAGUAUUAUAUUAAUUUGUUCUCUGACUCGCUAUAACUUAAUUAAACUAUGGCUUUGCUUUUUGAGAUAUUUUUAUUUUCAAUUCGUUAAUAACACAAAAUACUUGCUUUGGAUGUGCCGUCUAGAACAUGUUUGUAUACGAAAGCAGUAUCAAGUUGAGUUGAGAAUUAAUAUUAUUUAAUUAUUAACAUAGCUAUAUGUUGUGUGGCCGAGGCCAGGCCACCUCAUGUCCUUACGUAUUAAAUGAUGUCACACUUUA